AUGCAGAAUUUGACGGCGUGGGUGGAGGACUGUGUGUCUUCCCGACGCAUCUGCGCCAUCAAUGGCAUGGUAAAAACGGGAAAAUCUACCGUAUUGACUCGCCUUCUGCCCCAGAUCAUUUUGACGAAGUUUCCAAAUGCCGAUAUUUGCUUCCUGGACUUUGCCUCUUUUCUGAGUGCGGGCUCCGAGCCGGGAGCAAUGGAGGAAAGAUUGCUGAAAGAAGUUUGCAGUUGGGCAACAGGCGCUGGGUUCCAUGUGGGCCCAGCAGACCAGCUGACCUUGAAUCAGUUGAUGGACAAUUUGGAUAGGUCCGGGCGUACUGUUUUUUUCCUCAUCGACCAGGUUCAGAGGUUUUUCCAAGUGCAAGAGGGAACUAUCCCAACCUGGGACAUACUCAAGGGAUUCCUCCGAGUCAGCAGGGAAGACUCCAACCUGCACUUUGCCAUCACGGGAUCAGGCAUGGUGCUGGCUUGGCAAAGCUUCGUGAGGAUGACUCCCAAUGGAUUCAUCUUUCCCGGCGUGUGUCGAAGGUUUUCCUCCCGUGGCAGAACCCCGUCCAGGAGCUGGACUAUGCCAGACAGGAAUUUCUGGCCGCUGCAGCCAAUGAAGCCGAGAGAGAUGAACUGUCAGACCUGCUAG